UUGGGAAGGGUAACAAGUAACACUAUAUAUACAGCUUGAGAUAUAGACACCCGGGUAGACAUUACCUGUCAAGAUUCUUCACUUCACGCAAACCUCGUUUUCAACAAGCUUUGUAAACAUAUUGUAACCCCAUCUCUCUGAUUCUUGCAAACUCCAUGAAUCUUUCAUCUACAUUCUAUGAACUUUAACAAUCUUGAUACCCUUUAGUGAGAAUAGAUUUUCAGUGUGUUGAAGUAGUAAACUUUUUCUUUCUUUUUUCGAAUGCAGAGCAAACUUUUUCUUGUUCAGCAAAGUUAGGUAUUGUUUUGAUAUAGAAGGGUUGUGAUGGAACAGAAGCGCGUCCUAUUUUCAGCAUUGAGUCUUGGGGUUGGGUUGGGUGUCGGGCUGGGAUUGAGCGUGCAAAAAUGGUUCGGAGGGUAUAUUGAAUCUGAUGAGAUUUCUGAAGAGCAGAUUGUGCACGAGCUCGAGAACCUGCUGAAUGAUGUGAAGGACUACACAUGCACAUUUGAUGAGUUUCCUUAUUACUUAAGUGACAAAACCCGAGUUUUGUUGACAAGUGCUGGAAAUAUUUAUUUAAAACAAGACUUUAACAAGCACAUGAGGAACCUUUCACCACCAAGCAGAGCUAUUUUGCUUUCCGGACAUGCAGAACUUUACCACCAUAUGCUUUCCGUAGCAUUAGCACAUAACUUUCAAUCGAAGUUAAUGUUGCUAGAUAUUACGGACUUCUCUUUAGAGAUGCAGAGAAAAUACGGAUGUUCUAGAAAAGAACCAUAUUUUAAAAUGUCCAUAUCUGAGGUGAACUUGGAACGAAUGUCUGGUUCGUUUGGUUCUUCGUCAAUCCUCCCUUCAACCGGCGAAACUAGAGGUACUCUAAGUAGGCAAAGUAGUCGAAUUGAAAAUUCCAAUAAUCCUCCAAAGCUUCGUAGGAAUGCCUCUCCUGCAUCUAAUAUGAGUAGCAAUUCCCAACAUGGUCAAUCAGAUCCACCUCCUUUGAACUGCACAAGCCGCAUCUGUUUUGAUGAAAAGCUCUUUAUGCAGUCACUUUACAAGGUCUUGGUUUCUGUCUCAGAAACUGGUUCUAUCAUUUUAUACAUCAAGGAAGUUGACAAGCUCUUUGUUCGAUUACCAAGAAUGUACCAUUUGCUCCAAAAGCUAAUAAAGAAACUUUCAGGGACAGUGUUAAUUCUCGGUUCCCGGGUCAUUAAUUCAGAAGAUGAUUGUAAAGAAGUUGAUGAAAAGCUCACUUUGUUAUUCCCUUACAACAUUGAGAUCAUUCCACCUGAAGAUGAGACUCACCUUGGCAACUGGAAAGCUCUACUAGAAGAGGACAAGAAAAGAUUUUUGUUUCAAUAUACCAAAAACCACAUUGCUGAAGUACUUGCAGCAAAUGACAUUGAUUGUGAUGAAUUGAAUACAAUCUUCUUGUCUGACACUAUGCUACUCAGUAAUUAUAUUGAAGAGAUUGUGUUAUCUGCAAUUACGUACCAUUUGAUGAGUACCGGAUAUCAAGAAUACCGAUAUGGAAAGCUAGUUAUAUCAGCUCAGAGUUUGGCCCAUGUAUUGAGGUUGUUUCAGGAAGGCAACAGUAGCGGGACGGAUAUUAUGAAGCCUAAUGAAUCAAACAAGAAUGCUGCAGGAGAAUAUAUUGCCAGUGCAAAAAAAGAUGUGCCUGCAACAAAGAGAUUCCGCGAGCAUAAUGCUCCUGCAAAAAAAGCUGAGUUUCCUCUUGACAAUGAGUUUGAGAAGUGCAUAAGACCAGAGGUCAUAGCUGCAAAUGAGAUUGUAGUUACAUUUGCAGAUAUUGGUGCAUUGGAUGAUAUUAAAGAAUCACUUGAAGAAGUGGUCAUGCUUCCCCUUAGAAGACCAGACCUAUUCAAAGGUGGUCUUUUGAAGCCUUGUAAAGGUUUAUUGCUUUUCGGACCGCCUGGUACAGGAAAAACAAUGCUUGCAAAGGCAAUUGCAAAUGAAUCCGGAGCAAGUUUCAUAAGCAUCUCAAUGUCCACCAUCACUGCAAAAUGGUUUGGAGGAGCUGAAAAGAAUGUCCGAGCUUUGUUUACAGUGGCAGCAAAGGUUGCCCCAACUAUUAUUUUUAUUGAUGAGGUUGAUAGCAUGCUUGGGCAACGGACUAGAGCUGGAGAGAAUGAGGCAAUGAGAAGUAUUACAAAUGAAUUCAUGAUCCACUGGGAUGGGUUAUUGACAAAACCUGGUGAGCAAAUUUUGGUUCUUGCUGCAACCAAUAGGCCAUUUGAUCUUGAUGAAGCAAUUAUAAGGCGGUUUGAGCACAGGAUCAUGGUUGGUCUUCCAUCUACUGAAAACAGGGAAAUGAUAUUGAAAACUCUCCUGGCUAAGGAAAAACAUGAAAAUAUAGACUUCAAAGAGCUUUCAACCAUGACACAAGGAUAUAGUGGAAGUGAUCUUAAGAAUUUGUGCUCGACUGCUGCUUAUCGACCAGUUAGGGAGCUAAUACAGCAGGAGAGGUUGAAGGAAAUGGAAAAGAAGAAAAAGGAGGCAAAAGUUCAAAGCUCAGAAGAUGCUUCCAAUGCUACAAAAAGUAAAGAAGACAAAGUGAUUACCCUGAGGCCUAUAAACAUGGAAGAUAUGAGACAGGCAACGAAUCAGGUGGCUGCAAGUUUUGAUGCAGAAGGAUCCACAAUGAAGGAGCUGAAACAGUGGAAUGAUUUAUAUGGACAAGGAGGUUCAAGGGAGAAUCAGCACCUAGAUUAUUUCUUUUAG